CUCUGGAUAAGGGCGUCUGCUAAAUGUAAAUGUAAUGUAUAUUGCCAAGACCUUUUAGCACGAAGAUGAGGGCAAACGAUAACGAUAAAUAACCACUGAGGACCUAUUUAGAUAGUAUGAGUAAUUGUGACUUGCCAUUGAAUGGAUUGGCGCAUGGAAAGGUGGAUGGGUUUCUGCGUGAACAGAACACCAUUUGUCAAAUCCAAAUUCAGUCAGUGAGAGGUUUAAUACAAUAUUUAAAAUGGUGACAGGCUCAGAAAUAUCAGGCCAUAUCUGAGGCGACUGUUUAACAGCAAGGUACUUCUGUGGAAGUCCAGGGGCUCGAUAAAAAAAGAAAAGAAAGUCUAAAAAUGAAAACUGAGAUGAAAUUGACCCCUCUGGGAAGUCAAAUUGAUCCGUGUGUGAGUGUGUGAAGGCUGCAGACCCCACUCUCCAGGUAUCUGCCAGCUCCUCUUAUGAUGCUGAGGCUGUCCAGGCUGCAUCUCCUGGGUUGAAGUGGCCCAGGCCACAGCCACUCGGCUAGGGUGCUUUUAUUGACACGGUUGAGACAUAGCCUAGAUGGAUGGGUCAGACUGUAAUAGUGUAGCAGCAGUGCUUAGGUCUAUUGAUCAUUUUGUUUUUAAUGUUACCCGCUGCAGCACACACACACACACACACACACACACACUGCUUUGCUCCCUUCUAAGAUGUGAUGAAAGACUAUGGUGGAUAGAGGGAAAAAAAAUAGGAUAAUGAGUAAAUGAAUGCUUGUAUUUAUGAAUGUAAUGUUUGUGUGUGCUUGUGUGGUGAUGUUAGGGGUGGGAGGGAGAGAGACAGACAAACACCCUUCCUGUUUUGUCAUUAAACAUGAUGGAUAUUCAUUCUCUGCACAUCCCUCACCCUAUCAUUUACUGUCAUUAUGUAUUUGUUGGAUAAUGGAUGAAAGGUUGCCUCUAUAAAAAAAAAAUACACAAGGAUGCUGCUGUUUAUCUUUUUUCCUAAAAUAACAUGUUUUUAACAUAUCAACCCCUUCUCUUCAACUGACGUUUACACCUGAAAUGAAUGAAUCUAAUUGAACCAAAUGUAAACAUGGACAUACGCUUCGUGCACGGAUGGAUUGCACACUAUAUGUUUGUUAAAAAACAGAAUGUGUUAGCUACCUUGUCAGAAGAAAACAUUCAACAAACAAUAUAACCAACAAUGCACCAACCCCUCCACCAAACCAGUCUUCCUCCAACUGUUCAGCAAGUUCCACACAGAUACGGCUUCAAGACAAGGUGUAAAAAUCUCCUGUGGUGGUAAAUGCCGUGAAAGUAGUAAACAUUACAUUUAGCAGACAUGGCCAACAUAAUCGAUGCAAGGUUUUGCGUGAUCAAUGGUCGUGCACCGGCCAAGUCGAUGCGGGAUACUGGUGUGGUAGUAAACGUGUUUAACAAAGGAUCUCUCAGACGGUAAUCUGGUUUGCUUCUCCUCUUUCCUCACUGACCCUAUUUUCACUCCUCUUCAACCCGCUGUAAUCUCCCUUGUCUGCUCAUGUUUGUCUGUGUGUUUGUGUGUGUGUGUCGGUCUGCCUUACACACUCUCUGACCUUGUUACCUUUUUCAACAGUGCCCUGGUGUCUCUUUAGAUCUUCUUUCUCCAAGGACUGGUGUCUCUUUAGAUCUGCUUUCUCCAAGAACUGGUGUCUCUUUAGAUCUGCUCUCUCCGGGACUGUCUCUUUUUGUACCUGGUUUCUCUUUUUGGCUCGCUCUCUCUCCUGGGCUGGAGUGUCCCUCCCUGCGGUGGACGUUUCUCCCCGUGGCUGACGUGUCUCUUUCUCUGCCUGUUUGUCCUUCUGGGGUGUGGUCUCUCUCCCGGCUGGAGUGUCUCUUUUUGGAGCUGUUGUGUGUGGAGGGCUAUGGUGAGGCGAUGUGCGCUGGCUGGAGGACUGGCUGGUGUGAGACAUGGGGUGGCCGAGGGAGAGGUGGAGGAACGGGGCCGUGGGAUGGGAACCGACAGGGGCUUGGGCCUGGACGUGGGCUGGGGUCAGGGGUCGUCGUCUGGAUCCUUGUCCUCUUGCUGGGCAUGUGUGGCCUGGCGUGUGGCCAGUGCCCAGACAGCUGCCACUGUGCCUGGGACACUGGCACGGUGCUCUGUGUGGACGCGGGUCUGCGGGAGGUCCCUCAGGGACUGCCCCCAGACACCGUGUCCCUCCACCUGGAGCGCAACUACAUCCGCCACCUCCCCGAGGACGCCUUCAGGGGGCUUCCGCACCUCCAGGACCUCCACCUCUCCCACAACCGCAUCGACACCCUCUCCUCCGGGGCCCUGCGGCACCUGGGGCCGGAGCUGCGGCUGCUCGACCUCUCUCACAACCAGCUGAGCCGCGCCAACCGGGAGGAGUUCGGAGCCACCCGCGCCAAGACCCGCCUCUACCACAACCCCUGGCACUGCGACUGCACCCUGCAGGAGCUGAUGGAGACGCUCAACCUGGAGCCGGAGACGGUGAACGGCAUCGUGUGCGAGAGCUCGGUGCGCGGCGUGGGCGAGGGAGGCCGCUGGGAGGACCCGGCGUCGCUGGGGGAACACGCGGGCCAGCCCCUGGUCAAGCUGCUGGACUCUGGGGUGAACUUCUGCAGCCUGCAGAGGAAGACCACUGACGUGGCCAUGCUGGUGACCAUGUUUGUGUGGUUCUUCAUGGUUAUCGUGUAUGUGGUGUACUACGUCAGGCAGAACCAGGCCGAGGCCAGACGGCACAUGGAGUACCUGAAGAGUUUACCUAGUCCUAAGAAGACGCCUACCGAGGGAGACACGCUGAGCACGGGCUUCUGAGAAGUCAAGACGAUGUUCUGCUGGAACCCUCCUCUUCAGCGAACAGUGGGGGAGGGCGGAGGGGUGGUGAGAUGUUUGACUCUCAACGUAAAGGCCACAGAGUCGCACCUUCUCUGCUCUGUUUGAACAAUUACUGUGAAUACAUUUGUUGAAGAAAGAAAAGAAAAAAAGCGGGCAAUAUUUUCUUUUUGUAGCUGUUGUGUCUUUGAUGUUGUUAUGUUUCCAGGUUUACAAAAAUGUUACUAUUCUAUGAAUGCCAAAAUGCUGAAAUGUAUAGAAAGUGUUUUCUGUAUGAUAGCACUUCUGCAUUAUCAGGAGGAACUGUAGAACAUAAAUGUGUCAUUUGUUUCUCCCGACCUGAUCCCUCACUAUUCUCAUUGCUUUUCCAUUUCGGGCCCUAAUAAUGUUGCUAAUAAUGUUGUAACCGUUUCCAGCUGACCUCUUCAUCUCCUGGCACAGAACAGCCCCUGGAACCAUCGCAGCCAAUCAAGGGAAGUGUUUCUCAAUCAGGCUAGCGGAUUGAGUAAAUGUUAAUUCAGAAUCAGGAAGCUCGUCAUCAGGGAAGGCUGUUAUAGCCCCCUUGUAAAGAAGGUCAACAAGCCAGCUAGCGUGAUGAACAUCUAACCGCUGAUCUAAAUAUACGAAGUGAUAGAGAGGCCGGAUCUACCAUAUUGGCAAUCUAGGCACGUGCCCAGGGGCCCUUGGGCAUAGAGGGGCCCUUAAUUAUGGGAGAUUUGUUUUAGUUUUUUUGGGCUUCACUAAAACAGUCGACACAAGGCUUGCUUUGCCCUCGAUCUUGAUCAUCAUCCAAUCAAAAUAAAAUGAAAGUUGUUGUAAAAAAAAUAAGUAUGAUU